AGAUUUUGGAACGCGACCGGAAUCGCCAUUCGAGAGAAGCAAUAACGUCGUUCUCCUUCGAUAUCUUGCGUGAGAAUCCUUAAUCGACGAGAAACAUGACCAAAAAUCUGAUGAAGAAACUGGAGAAUGGCGAUCAUCGCGGGGCUCAUGGACAGGCUUAUAAAGAUAAGAGCAAGCCCACAGACAUUCGCAGCAGCAACAUUAACGCUGCCAAGGCUGUUAGUGAUGCAAUCCGCACGAGUCUUGGACCCAGAGGAAUGGACAAAAUGAUUCAAGCUAGUAAUGGAGAAGUUACCAUCACAAAUGAUGGUGCUACUAUUCUGAAAGAGAUGAAUGUAGUCCAUCCUGCUGCAAAGAUGCUCGUUGAAUUGUCUAAGGCUCAGGAUGUUGAGGCUGGUGAUGGUACGACAAGUGUUGUUGUCAUAGGUGGUGCGCUUUUAGAGGCAGCGGAACGCUUGUUGCAGAAAGGUAUUCAUCCCACUUCGAUUAGUGAUGCUUUUCAGAAGGCAGCAUCUAAAGCAGUAUCGAUUCUGACACAUAUGUCAAUACCUGUUGACCUAACAGAUAAAGAGUCUCUUGUAAAGGUUGCAGCGACAUCUCUUAAUUCAAAGGUUGUGCAUCAACAAUCUAGCCUUCUUGCGCCACUAGCUGUAGAUGCAGUAUUAAAAGUCACAGAGGAAGGAAAGGAAAUAUCAGUUGAUUUGAAUGAUAUUAAAGUAAUAAAAAAGUUAGGAGGUACUGUCGAAGAUACUGAAUUAAUAGAAGGGUUGAUAUUUACUCAGAAGUCUUGUAAUGUUAAUGGCCCGAAACGUAUCGAGAAAGCUAAAAUUGGAUUAAUUCAAUUCUGCAUUUCACCACCAAAAACAGAUAUGGAUCAUAAUGUCGUUGUAUCUGACUAUGCGGCGAUGGAUCGUGUCCUAAAGGAAGAACGUGCUUACAUAUUGAAUAUUAUUAAACAGAUCAAGAAAACUGGUUGCAAUGUACUUCUUGUGCAAAAGUCGAUUUUGCGCGAUGCUAUUAGCGAUCUCGCGAUACAUUUCUUAGACAAAAUUAAAGUUAUGGUAAUAAAAGAUAUAGAACGCGAGGACAUUCCCUUCGUGUGUAAAACAUUAGGUUGCCGGCCGAUUGCAUCGCUAGAUCACUUUGUAGCUGAAAAUCUUGUUAACGCGGAACUUUGUGAAGAAGUGCAAACCGGAAAUUCGAAAUUUGUCAAGGUCACAGGAAUUCAAAAUCAUGGAAAAACGGUUACAGUUCUCGUGCGCGGUAGCAACAAAUUAGUAUUGGAAGAAGCUGAGAGAUCGCUGCACGACGCAUUGUGCGUUAUCCGUUGUUUGGUGAAACAAAGAGCGCUGAUCGCUGGUGGCGGUGCACCGGAAAUCGAAUUGGCAAUAAAGUUGGGAGAGUACGCAGUAACCUUAGGCGGAGUUGAUGCAUACUGUGUCAAGGCCUUUGCAAAUGCACUUGAAGUGAUUCCGUCGACGUUAGCCGAGAAUGCGGGGUUGAAUCCGAUAGCAACAGUAACCGAACUUCGCAAUCGACAUGCUAAGGGUGAAUUAACAGCGGGAAUUAACGUUCGAAAAGGUGCCAUUACCAACAUAUUGGAGGAGAACGUAAUUCAACCAUUGUUGGUUUCCGCCAGUUCGAUAACUCUCGCUUCCGAAACUGUACGCAGUAUAUUGAAAAUCGAUGACAUUGUCAAUACGAAUCAAUAAAUCAAGAAAUGCGAUUUAAAAUUUAUUCUUUAUUUACAUAGCAUAAUUUUCCACGUUCAUCACAUUCGUCUGAUUGGUUUUACAAAAGCCUAUUCAUUAACAAUUAGAUUCAUAUAUACUUUUUGCAAAAGCUUUAUAUGAUGUAAUAUUUUUUAAACACGCUAAUACUGCAAACAAUAAAAAGUUUACGAAAUAUCAAUAA